GUUAUUAUUAGAGUUCACUGGAUUGUCAUAGGCACUGAUGAUCAAUGUUGUUGUUGUGGUCAAGAUGUCGGUUCAGUCUAUUUGCGACAGUCUAGGAAAGUGGAUUAAAGAUUUGCCUAUAUUAUCCACGUUAGUUGACGAUGAAUCGUUCGUAAAUAGAUACUGGGAUGCCGCUCAAAACUCGUGGAAGAAAGCUUCUUGUAACGAGAUAUUACUGCAUAUAUCAGUGUUACUUUACCACUUGAUGCAAGAGCAACAACGCUAUUUAUCACACAUCGGCAUUGAUUUCUCUUACGCGACUGAAAAACUACUCAGUUUUAUAAAAGAAUGUUUACUUGGUGGCAAAGACGCCGGGUGUUUGCAGAAACUCGACGAAUAUGAGAGUGUAGGUGAGUUAUUUACAGCUUUCAUCAGCGUGGUUCGAAAAUUGUCAACUGCCAAGAAUGAGGGGGAUGGACAUUUUUAUUUUGCCUGCAGUAAUGCAUGGGCAUUCGUGAAAGUAAGUAAAUUUUGUCGAUACUUUUUGGUCAUAAUGUCAUGCAAUGAAGAUAUUUCAAUUCUAUAUUUUGUACAAUAUGGCCUGCAUGUGAUAUCAGUGAGCACCAUAAUUUGUGAGCACUGAUGAUAAAAUAUGAUAAAGGAGCUGGGACUUUGCCCAGUAGACCAACUUGCGUUACCAGCUGUGCCAAGUUUCAUUGAGAUCCAAACAGGUGACGAAACAGGUUUUUUUUGGAAGGGGGGCUAUAAAUUUUCGUCUAAGG